GAGACUGCUGCGUGCAGUCCAUGCUUCAUUGUUUUAACGGGAUUGUUAAUGAAAUGCAUGAAUUGUUAUCAAAUCUGAUGAAAGGAUUGGAUUAAGAGCAAAGUAAAGGUAGUGGUCAUGGCGACUCCGACAUCCGGAGCGGCGCUCUCGGCGGAAGAGAAGAAGGAAUUCGAUGAAUAUGACAGUUGCUUAUAUGGCUUCCUAAAGUUUGAAGAUUCUGAAGGAAAUGGAAAGAAAAGUUUGUUGGAAAAGGGUGUGGCUUAUUAUGAGAAUGUAUUAAAAGAUCAUAUUAAGAGUGUUAAUGCUGAGAGUGAUCGCGACAAUCUACCCUAUCUUGAUCCUAGUAUAUAUUGUCAUUUAGGACAUCUAAAUCUACUACUAGAACAGUUUCCUAAAGCUUUGUCAGCCUACCAGAAAUUUUAUAAUCUUCAAACAGAACAUUGGAAGAAUGCCCCAUUUCUGUAUGGCCUAGGCCUUGUUUACUAUCAUCAUAAUUCACUGAGUUGGGCUAUUAAAAGUUUUCAGCAGGUUCUCUACGUUGAUCCAGGUUUCAAGAGAGCCAAUGAAAUUCAUAUUCGUCUUGGUUUGAUGUUCAAAGCAAAUGGGAAUUAUUCCGCAAGUUCAAAGCAUUUCCGCUUGGCAUUAAACGAUUCCAGUGAAAGUUCACUAUCAAAACUUGAAAUUCGAUUAAAUAUAGCCCAUCUGUUGGAAGUUCAGGGAGAGUUCAAGCAAGCAAAGGAAGCGUAUGAACAGUUUGUAGCAGAAGAAGGACUGUCGAAAUCUGUCAAAGCAACUGCUUUACGGCAAUUAGGUUGGUUAUAUCAUACUGUAGAAUCAUUCGGGGAUAAAGUCAGUCGUGAAACCAGAGCUAUACAAUUCUUACAGAGAUCUCUGGAACUUGACCCUAACGGUCAAACAUCGUAUUUACUAGGAAGAUGUUUUUCCAGUUCUGGUAAAGUUCACGAUGCUUUUGUAUGGUAUCGUCAUUCUAUUGAUAAAUCUGAAGCUAAUGCUGAUACUUGGUGCUCCAUAGGAGUUCUGUACCAGCAGCAGAAUCAGCCUAUGGAUGCGUUACAAGCCUAUAUCUGUGCUGUACAACUGGAUAAAUCCCAUCAAGCUGCGUGGACAGAUCUAGGAGUAUUGUAUGAAUCGUGUAAUCAACCUACUGACGCUUUAACCUGUUAUCAACGUGCUGCUAGAAAUAGUAAAGUUCAUGCUAACGCUAAUUUAGCUGCCAAAAUUAAAUUUUUACAUCAUAAUUUAAAAAACAUACCAAUGCAACAUUUUCAAACAAAGCCUAAAACACUGCCUAAUAUAGAGGAAGCCUGGAGACUCCCUAUACCUGCUGAAUUAACAUCAAGACAAAACUCAGGUGGUCUUACCUCACAGCCUUGUGGAAUUUUAUCAACGGGAGGAUCAGUUAUGCCCCCUUCUAUGGCGCAGACACAAGGUUUUAAUACAGAUAGAAUGGAAGAGGAGAAGAAAUCAAGAAAGCGACCUUCGUCGGAGAAUAUGGAGAUUCCGACCACACCUCCACAACCAGGUUUUAUGAGUCGUGAACAGUUGAAUCUUUUACAAUUAUUGGCCAGUCAACCAAACUUAACCCCACAACAACAACAAGCAUUGAGACAAUUACAACAUCAGUUUACUCAACAACAACAGAUGAAGAUAAAUAAUCCACAGGCUGUGGUAAGACCAGGACAACCAGGCCAUUCAACUAGCCCUCCAUCCAGUCAGCAUAAUUCACCUGGUUCAAGUGGAUCUCCAGGUAACGUGUUUGGACGACCUUCACCUUCUUCAUUUGAGUUUCUGUCAUCUGAGCGUCUGCAUGGUUCUAGCACCUCAUCUUUCUCUGGUUUUCCUACAUUCUCAAAUUUUACCAAAUCUCUCGAUAACUUUUUACAGUCUCAAACUCCUACUCCUCUUUCUUCACCUUCUGCAUACUCUGCCCAUGCAUCUUCCACAUCUGCUGCACCAUUUUAUUCCUCGAGUAACACUGAUGUUGAUUUCCUGCCCUAUUCAGGUAAACCCAGAAUGCCAGGUCAAGGUCAAAGUGGAGAACAAGAUCAAGGUCAGAGACUACCUGGUGGAGUGCCUUUACCUUUACACGGGAAUCUACCUCCUGCCUCCAACAUUCCAUUCAACCGUGGCAAUGGACCAGUCACGCCUCAUCGAUCAGCAGCAGCAUUGGCAGCGACGUCGGCAAACGCCAAUGCCUCAGGAAUAACUCUGCCGUCUGCUGGUCCACUUCACCCGACAUCGAUCUCAAACACUUUACCAUCAGAUUUUAUACACAAUCUACGAGCAGCCAACAUGAGCGAACAGGAAAUCAGCAGUCUACUCUCCCGACCAAACAUUACUACCUCUAUUGCGGAAGAUUUCAUCACUCAAUUUUCAAGAAGUAAAAAGGCAGGCGAUGCUAGUCAAGGAGCGUUAUCCAUGAAACCUUUAACUCUCUCACAGUCACACAUUAAAAACUUAUUACAUUCCACAAGUGAAGGAAGCGGCAAGAUGGAGCAGAAAGAUAAACAGAUUUCAGCAUUUAAUUUACAACUGUCUGGCAAAGAAAUAAUAGAUUUAUCUCGAGGCUUAGGUAAAAAUGGCUUCUGCUUAACGAAUAUGUUACAAGACUUUGGUCCACCCCCUUCCCCAGCCGCCCCACCGUCACCCCCGUUACCAAAAGAUCAUCUGAACCCACCUACACCUAGUGUCUAUUUGGAGAGUAAAAGAGAUGCCUUUUCACCAGAAUUACAACAAUAUUGUCACUCACAGCCAGUAGUAGUUAUUCGUGGAUUAGCAGGAGCACUCAAAUUAGAUUUAGGAUUAUUUUCUACAAAAACUUUAGUUGAAGCGAAUUCUGAUCACAGGGUAGAAGUACGAGCGCAGAAACAACAAGCACCAGAUGAGAAUAGAGACCAGUUAGGUAAAAAAGUGUGGAAAUGUGAAAGUAGCAGAAGUCAUACAUCUAUUGCCAAAUAUGCUCAAUAUCAGGCGUCAUCCUUCCAGGAAUCAUUAAGGGAAGAACAUGAUAAAGCCCGAGGUCAACAUAAAGAUUCUGAUAGUGAUUCAAAUUCCUCUACAUCUUCUAAAAAAAAAAAGUCAAAAGUGAUAAAGUUUGGAACGAAUGUAGAUUUAUCUGAUGAGAGAAAAUGGCGUAGUCAACUUCACGAGUUAACAAAGUUGCCAGCUUUUACUCGUGUUGUUUCUGCCGGUAAUCUUCUCAGUCAUGUAGGUCAUACCAUAUUAGGUAUGAAUACUGUACAGCUUUAUAUGAAAGUGCCUGGAUCGCGUACACCUGGUCAUCAAGAAAAUAAUAAUUUUUGUUCUGUAAAUAUAAAUAUUGGACCAGGAGAUUGUGAAUGGUUUGCUGUACCCGAUCAAUAUUGGGGAGUUAUACAGAGUUUAUGUGAAAGACAUAAUAUAAAUUAUUUAACGGGAUCAUGGUGGCCUGUAUUAGAAGAUCUAUACGAAGAAGAUGUACCUGUUUAUAGAUUCAUCCAGAAACCUGGAGAUCUGGUGUGGAUUGGACCUGGAACAGUUCACUGGGUUCAAGCUGUGGGUUGGUGUAAUAAUAUAGCAUGGAAUGUUGGACCCAUGACAGCUCGCCAGUAUCAGUUAGCUUUAGAACGUUAUGAAUGGAAUAAAUUACAAUGUUAUAAAUCUAUUGUUCCGAUGGUACAUUUAUCAUGGAAUAUCGCCCGUAAUAUCAGCAUUGUAGAGCCUAGAAUGUAUGAAUUGGUCAAGUAUGUUUUACUGAGAUCAUUACGACAAAUACAGAUGUUAAUAGAUUUUGUGGAGGAGUUGGGAUUUGAGGUAAAAUGGCAGGGCCGAGCACGAGAUGAAGCUGCCACUUAUUGUGAUGAUUGUGAGUUGGAGGUGUUUAAUAUUUUGUUUGUAAAGGAACAAGAUAAGAAAUUUGUCGUCCAUUGUCAGGACUGUGCUCGUAAAAUCAGUCCAAAGUUAGAAAACUUCAUUGUUCUCAAUCAGUAUAAACUAGAAACUCUCAUAGAGAUAUACGACAACUUCGUUAUUCAUUCAAGCACACCUUCUGCCUCUGGUAGUAUCUGUUGAUAAUCCAAUGUGCUCUUCAUCAUCAAAUUGCGUGUGCGUGUGGUUGAUGUCAUGACAUUAUGGAUGCUACAUCAUCAGUUAUUGUGCAUGAAUACAGACAUGACUAUGAAGUGAUAGUGAUGUUGCUCAUUUCUACUAUUUCUGUAAAAAAAAAAAAUGGAUAUAUAAGUGACUGAAUAGAUGACUUGAAGAAAAGUUUGCUUAAAAUAGUGUGAUAUAAUUUUGGAGUAAAGAGUGAAAUUUUUUUUUUUGUGAAGAAAAUACGAUAGAUACAAUGUGACAUUUGCUAAAUGACAUUAUUUAUGUGUAAAAGUUCUAUAUUUCAUUUCAUGGGUAAUACAUCACUGAUUUCAUGGUGUUUAUGUAACUUGUGUAUUACAUCAUCAUAUAUUGUGUAGAUAUUUCUAUUAAUAGAUGAUAAUAAGACAGACAAGAGUAGUCUGUUGUAGAUGUUAUAAAUGAUGGAUUGAUCAUAUUGUAACAAAGUGAAAGUUAGAUUCUCAGGUAUAAAUUAAAAGUAGAAAAAAUGAGUUCUCAUAUUUAUAUAAUUGAGAGAGAAAUGGCUCCUCUGAGCUAUUUAUUAUGAAGCAGGGAGCUAAAAAAAAACAUCAGGUGUAAUAAUUACAAGCCUUAUAAUAUCAAAAUGGCAGGAGAUUCGAUAACAUAAAGAUAUUUUUUACUUGAACUACAAUCAUGGUGUUUUAUAUACCAAUCAGACGAUACUAAAUGGCAGUCAAAUUAUCAUUGAUCAAAACUUACUAUGCAAUAAACCAUAUCACAUGAUCAUUUUAGGUCAUUUUGAUUGGUAGAUUGUAAGAGAAAUUGAAAGUAGCUAUUUACAAGCGUCGAAUGAUCUUUUUGAUGGAAUAAAUUAUAAUUAGGCAGUAAGAAAUGGACAAGAGAAAAGAAGCUCAAAAUUUGUUGACGACAGGAUCAUUAUAAACUGCUGAAUUAAAAAUGUACUUGAUAUUGAAGGGUAUUUUAAAAUGUGUUAAUUUAGUCAUGUAGGAUUGGAAAUAUGUACUUGCCAAGAUAAAACAUCCCUAAAGAAUAGAAUGGACUAGUCCAAAUAUAAACUGCUAAUAACAAUUAAGAGGCUAGUCCAUUUUUGUGAAAAGGGAGAAACACAUAUUUCCAGUUUUGUACCACAAGAGGUCAAAAGUACAUAAAAGGCAAAACACAUCUGCUCACCUCAUUUACAUAUUAUAUAUAUUAUUCCACCAAUCACAAUAAGUGAAAUGAUCUCAUUAACAUAUUUAUCAUCUAAUUUAUAUUCCAUCAAACCAUAUUUGGUAAAACAUCGAAAUAAUGGUCCAUGUUCGUAUUACAUACAUUAUAUAUACUUGUAAAACUAAAUUUGUACUCAAAUCAUUCAUUGUAAGAGUAUUAAUUAUUAAUGUCUACUUUAAUAUUUUUCGUAAUUAUUUAAGAUCAUUUUUUUGUAACAUUUUUCAUAGAUAUAUGUAUUUCUAUGAAAUGAUUGGUUAAGAGAAUUAUUGUUUACAUUUUGUAAUUUCGUAUUGCUUUAUUUCCUCAACGCCCUGAAAUAACAUAGUAUAUAAGGUCCCCCUUAAACCUUCUGUCUGUCCUAGACCAAGCUGUGGACCAAUGAAAUUCAAGGGUUUUGAGGCAUUUUACACUGAAACACUACAAUGCACUCUUGUAAAAUUUUGUCAUAAAAAAGAAGUUUAAUUAAUUUUGGAUUUCUAUUACAUUGUUGUGAUUCUAAACCGAAACUUGUAACAUGUUCUUAUGAAUGGUGUGUGCGCUGUAUCAUAAGGUCUGUCAUUGAAUCAACUGGCGUGGUUUCGAUUUCCUGGUUGUACGCGACAAGGAGUAGUAGGGUCGCCUGUCCAACUUCAUGGCUUUUCUCCGGGUCCUCCAGUUUCAUCCCACCACUAAAGACCCCUACGAGCAAGUGAAUUAAUGAAAUAAAAUAGAACCAUGUUAGUGGACUUAAACCCCAUUUCUCUCUCUCUCUCUCUCUCUCUCUCACAUGAAUGGAAAUAAACACUGAUAUUGUGUAAUAUAAAAAUUAUCUCAUAGAACAGAAACUAAAAAAUGAAAAUGGCAGUACCAAUUUUGUGUGUAUGAUGAAAUAUUUUCAUCAACAAGUUGAGUUUAGUGGCGGCAUCCCAGCCAAUGUAAGAAGCCCAUAUUGAGUCAAUGUUAUGUUAUAUAACAAUAGUUUUUCAAAUUUCGUUUUAUUAAUUUUUUCACAAUCUUAUGACUGAUUUAAUUUAGGGUUUUGAUUUUCCUUGCAGCCUUAAAAUAUCUUCGUGAAGAAAAACUAUUUUCCAAACUGUUUGAUCUUUCUGCACUUGUUACGGUCGUAUGCAUUGCUCAGACUUCAGCUAAAGUUGUAUGUUACGAUAAUUAAGUUUAAAUUCAAAGUAAAAAGAAAUAUGCUACAGACAGAGUAAUGCAUAUGUGAAUUUAUUAAGGCAGUAAUCUAAUUUUUGCAGCACAUUAUUUAUUAUUUGAUCUCAUCUUAAGUUAUUUCUUUUUAUCUCAGAGAAACAAAAUGGGCAGUAAAUAAUUCUUAAUAAAUUAUUGACACUAUUCCUGUUCAUUAUUAUAAAAAUAUGUACCGUAUGAAUGAAACAAGUUUUAUAUUUUCUGAUACUGGAUAAUACUCAAAUCAAUAACUUAUCUUUUUUCACUCCAGUUAUUUUCCUAUUUCUAUAAAACAUAUCACUAGUUAACCGUUCCUUUUAAAAUUAAACAAAAUGCAGUACAUUGCUUAUGAUUUCCAGUCAGUUUGAAGAAUUGGUUAAUACAUUUUUUCAGACUUGGUUAGCAAUUUAUAUUUCUGUUAAUGGGUGCUAAGAUUCUUUUAUUUCUGCAAUAAUCCUAGCGAUAAAUUUUCGUUGGAUUUUCACUUGAAUUUAAGUAGUGGUAGGUAGCUCAUCAUUCCAGAAUUUUCUUUCUCAAAAUUCUAGAUUUAAGAUUCUUCUAAGUUCUGGGCCCUUAUUCACGAAAACUUAAUCUAAGAUACAAUCGAAAUUUUAAGAAAUACUGCAAUUCGAUUGGCUGACCAGUAAAAUCAAUUUGCAUAUAUCCAAUUUGCAUAUUGGUCAGCCAAUCGAAUUGCAGUAUUUCUUAAAAUUUCGAUUGUAUCUUAGUUUAAGUUUUGGUGAAUAAGGGCCCAGUACUGUAUCAAAGAUAUUAAAUAUGGAUACAGUUUCAAUCUUUACUUAAAACAAUCUGAUAAAUUAACAGAUAAAUUAAUUUAUGGGGUUUUUUUUAAUUUUAAAUACGGUUUAUUCAUUCUUAUGUAAACAAACGAUGAUUAUUAUUAUUAUUAUUAUACAUAUAUAUAUUAAGUCUGUACAGUUUCUCAUUAUAACCAUUGUCCAUUGUAAUGUUUUUUUUUCUAAGAAAUAUUACAAUAAAAUUUAUAAAUGUUAUUUUGUCAUUUUCUUGUGGAAAAUAUUUGUCGGAAAUAAAGAGAGAUUUAAAUCUGUAA